GGGGAGGAGGGCGGAACGGCGCUCGCCAAGACGCUCCAGCUCGGCGUCUUCUUCGGGCUCUGGUACCUCUUCAACAUCUACUUCAACAUCUACAACAAGCAGGUCCUCAAGGUUUUUCCUUAUCCCAUAAACAUCACAACAGUUCAGUUUGCUGUUGGAACUACGAUUUCCUUAUUUAUGUGGGCCACGGGUAUCCUUAAAAGACCAAAGAUUUCCAGUGCACAGCUUCUUGCUAUCCUCCCUCUGGCUAUUGUCCAUACCAUGGGCAAUCUUUUCACCAACAUGAGCCUUGGGAAGGUUGCAGUGUCAUUUACACAUACAAUCAAGGCCAUGGAGCCUUUCUUCUCAGUUCUACUUUCUGCAAUGUUCCUUGGCGAGCUGCCUACUCCAUGGGUUGUUUUGUCUCUUCUUCCUAUUGUUGGUGGUGUGGCAUUGGCAUCUAUUUCUGAAGCUUCUUUUAACUGGGCUGGAUUUCUGAGUGCAAUGGCUUCAAAUGUGACCUUCCAGUCAAGGAAUGUCCUCAGCAAGAAGCUCAUGCUGAAGAAAGAGGCAUCUCUGGACAACAUCAAUCUCUUCUCGAUUAUUACAGUCAUGUCAUUCUUCCUCUUAGCCCCUGUAACCUUGUUGACAGAAGGUGUCAAGGUCACUCCUACUUAUCUGCAGUCUGCUGGUCUGAACUUACAACAAGUGUACACAAGGUCUUUGAUUGCCGCAUUCUGUUUCCAUGCAUACCAACAGGUGUCAUACAUGAUCCUCGCAAGGGUGUCACCAGUUACCCAUUCGGUAGGUAACUGCGUCAAGCGUGUGGUGGUCAUUGUUACAUCUGUUCUGUUCUUCAAGACUCCUGUGUCUCCAAUCAACUCUAUCGGAACCGCGAUCGCUCUUGCGGGAGUUUUCCUGUACUCACAACUGAAGAGACUUCAGCCCAAGCCCAAGACUGCUUGAUUGCAUUCCGUUCGUCGGGAUCAAUAGAGCGUUGCCACACUCUUGGAAUCGGUGCUUUAGUUUAGCCGGACAUAUUGGGAAGCCUUGUUGAGUAACUAGUACCGUGCAGGAUCAUUUGUAAUUCAGUAAUGAGCAUUUUGACCAGGAAAGUUUUGAAAUCUUUUUCACCGUUCUCUACUUGGACGUUCUAGUUGCCACUUAAUAAAGCCUCUGCAGUUUGAUCGUGC